AUGCAAGAAAGUCGCUCAUCAGUCUUUUUCCUAACCGACCUCAACACCGGCUUCCGCUUCCUCGUCGACACAGGCGCCGAAGUGAGCGUACUCCCAGUAUCGCCCGCAGACCGCAAGCGCCUGAACACAUCGCCUCGGCAAGCAGUCAACAACACGGCCAUCGCCACGUACGGAAACCGCUCCCUAACCAUCAGUCUGGGCCUGCAGAGAACGCUACGAUGGAUCUUCAUACUAGCCGACGUGAAAUUCGCCAUCCUCGGGGCGGAUUUUCUGCGCCACUUAGGACUGUUAGUCGACGUGCGUAACCGGAGGCUACAGGACCUUGUGUCACAAAGCGAUGUAAAAGGCAAGCCUUCAAGACAUACGCCGCUCAGCCCUACGCUGAUCAAGCCAGCAGGCCCACUUCGCUUCACUUCCAUACUCAGCGAAUUUUCUGACCUGACGCACCAGCGCCAAGUGGAAUCCCCAGUAAAACACAACGUGUUUCACCACAUCACCACAACUGGACCACCGGUUCACGCUCGAACACGUCGAUUGUCGCCUGAAAAACUAGUGGUGGCAAGACAGGAAUUCAACCAUAUGUUGGAGUUGGGCAUCAUCCAACCUUCUUCCAGUCCUUGA